AAAGUAAAAUAAGCAACAUCUCCGCAACAUACAUACAAAUCAACGAACCCGUUUGGUUGCAAGACAAAUUGUGUGACUUGUACAAUGGGUUUUACUAGGGCUUCGUAAACUCGUGAAGCGCAACCUCCCUUCGCCGGACUGUCAGUCACUUCCACUUCUCCACCGCUCAUUUCCCUUUUUCCGAUUCAUCUAACGCCAAUGAACGCCGCGAGAUCGAACUCUCUCGGCAAGCUCCGGCUGAUUAGCCACCUCAUAGUCACCGGCAGAGCCAUCUCCACCGUAUCUUCUCCGAUUCUAAAACAAUCCUCACUUCUCUCCGGUCAACUCCCGCCACGUCAGCUCUCUCCUUUCUUCAACUCCGUCCGUCAUUUUCGCAACGCUCGUGACCCUAGCGUGAGAUAUGAAAUACCGUCGCCGGUAAAUUGGGGAGUACGAAUUGUGCCGGAGAAAAAGGCGUAUGUUGUUGAGAGGUUUGGGAAAUAUGCGAAGACUUUGACUCCUGGAAUUCAUGUGUUGAUUCCAUUUGUUGAUAGAAUUGCUUAUGUGCAUUCUCUUAAGGAGGAGGCGAUUCCUAUACCUGAUCAAUCUGCUAUUACUAAGGAUAAUGUUAGCAUUUUGAUUGAUGGUGUUCUCUAUGUCAAGAUUGUGGACCCUAAAUUGGCGUCUUAUGGGGUUGAGAAUCCAUUGUAUGCUGUAAUUCAGCUAGCACAAACAACGAUGCGCAGUGAGCUUGGUAAGAUCACACUGGACAAAACCUUUGAGGAAAGGGAUACUCUGAAUGAAAAGAUAGUGAUGGCUAUUAACGAGGCUGCAAAAGAUUGGGGCUUGAAAUGUCUUCGAUAUGAAAUAAGGGAUAUAUCUCCGCCUCGUGGGGUUAGAGCUGCUAUGGAGAUGCAGGCUGAAGCGGAACGCAAAAAAAGGGCUCAAGUUCUGGAGUCAGAAGGAGAAAGGCAGGCAAAUAUUAAUAUUGCUGACGGAAGGAAGAGUUCGGUGAUCCUUGCUUCAGAAGCUGCAAAAAUGGACCAAGUCAACAGAGCGCAAGGUGAAGCAGAAGCAAUACUCGCUAGGGCACAAGCUACAGCAAAAGGGAUUGCAAUGGUGUCACAAACACUAAAAGAGCAUGGCGGUGCAGAGGCAGCAAGUUUGAGGAUUGCAGAGCAGUAUAUCCAAGCCUUCUCUAAUAUCGCAAAGGAGGGCACAACGCUGUUGCUUCCUACAAGUGCUGCUGAUCCUGCUAGCAUGAUGGCUCAAGCUCUUGGCAUAUAUAAAAACGUAGUGGGAAAGAAUCCUGUCACCGAGGUUCCUCCGACCUCUCCAUCUAAGUUGACUAGAAAUACAAGGCAGAGUGAUUCCUCUGCACUAAGCGGCAAUGAUAGCUCUCUUACUUCAAAAUCUGCUGAUGAGGAUCAUCUGGGUGAACCCGUUUUCUCCUUGCAAAGCCACAAGAAGGAUGAUUGAGUGUCUAUGGAGGUCUCAUUUCUUUUUCUUAGCUUUGUGGAGUAUCUAGGGCUACGUGCAUCUGAUUCCUGAGUAGAUAAUCUGGCAAUGAUAAGAGUGCUUAUUCUUUCUUUUGGCAUAGAGCUCUGACUUACUUGCAUUAUUUUGGUGAUAACUAUUUUUUGAGAAUGGCGGCUUAGUCCCAGGGUGAGACUUAGUUGGAAAGUAGAAAGAUGGUUAAAACAAAAUAGUGAACAAAAACUUAAAAGUUACGGACUUCGAAUAGUAGUUAAGGGCAUUAUACUGAGAGACUCUCCUUCAAAGUUUCCCAAAGGUUUAUUGUUUUGGAUAACUUCAAAAGAUGUGCUCUUCAAGCGCCACUUUUUCAUCAUGUUUUUACUACUUUCUUGUGGGUAUAAGAAUCUGUAUCUGAUUUCCACUUCUUUGAACUGUAGUUUUCUCGUAUACAAAAUAAGUGGAACUUGUUCUUUGUUUCCGCACAGUACCAGUUCUGUUAACAAUAAUUUUGCCUCAGUUGAUUGCUAAAA